UGCCCAUCCAAUCAUAUUCCUGAGUAGGUGUUGUCCGACCAGCAGGGUGUUAAAGACUUCUUCUGCCAUCUAGUCGCCGGCGACGAGGUGCUUUUAACAGCAAAAUAAUAUAUGGCAUCCUUUCGAGCAUUCAUGAACAGUCCUGUUGGGCCUAAAACUGCUCAUUUCUGGGGCCCGGUCGCCAACUGGGGAUUUGUUGUUGCGGGACUGGUGGAUAUGCAGAAACCUCCAGAGAUGAUAUCAGGCAACAUGACCGGAGCGAUGUGUGUGUAUUCUGCAUUAUUCAUGAGGUUUGCGUGGAUGGUGCAGCCUCGUAACUAUCUACUUCUAGCAUGUCAUGCUUCAAAUGAGUCGGUUCAGCUCUAUCAAUUUUCACGUUGGGCAAAGAGCCAAGGGUAUUUUCAGCAGAAGGAAGAUAAGGCCCCAUCAACUUGAACCGCAGCUGUUAUUUUCAUCUCUUCCCUGGACAUUAUCUUUGUGUGGUAAUUUUGGUUUUAGUUUCUUUGAAGCUUAAUAUAAGUAUUGAAUCGAAACAAAGUUCUGCAUUCGCCAUCUCGAUCACCAUUGAUGGUGAUACUGACACCGAUUUGAUCAUUGAUGUUUUUGCUUUUAUAUUCCUUUUAUUUUGUUCUUCGGUAUCUGAUUCAAUAAAAAUCCGACAUGUUCUUGAUUUACCAUC